CUAAUUAUAUUAAUAAAUUGUCAACAAGUGACAAAAAUUUAUACAUCAUCAACAAAGAAUAGUAGAAAAUACAUUUAAUGAGGACCCCUAAUACAGAAGAUCUAAGAUGCAUUAAAAGUAUUGAGUACAUAUUCAAACAGAAAUCAGAUGUUUUAUGAGGGAUGCUUUUUGGAACUCUUUCCAACCAUUUGCAUAAUUUCUUCAAAUCUUUAUGCUCCCACAUCAAGGAGUAAUAAGCACAUAACAUCGUAAUCACGAUUAGAACCGGUAGCCAUAGAUCUUGUAUCAAGUUACAGAGAUCAACGUCACGCCGGAGAAGAUCGUGGUCAAUGAUAUACAUGAAUAUACCAUCACAUGUUAACAAAGCGCCAUUAAGGCUAUUAUAUUUUUCAUAAUGACAAUUAUCAGCCAUUAGAAGACGACCAGGAAAAAUAUAUACAAAACCUCAUUCUAAAAUCCCUUUAGAACAAAGGAUAAAUUUUAUUGAAAGCAUAAAAACCUGAUUUAAGUAUUAUCCAAAUUUACCCUAAUUAAUAUUAGAGUAAAUCGGCAACCGAUAAUAAUCUAAUUAAGAAAUUGAUGUGUAAUCGAAGAUUUGUCAAAGGAAUUGAAGAAGAAGAGGAAAAGGUGACUUCAGCCAUGGCUACUACAUUAAUCCAAUUUCUGUGCCUUCUGCUGAAUCAGCAAAGAAAGUUGAAGUGGAAGAGGGAUAUAGUGGUAUAUUUUGUAAUACAGUAAAUCCUUACCAUCGUCAUAUGUUUCUCGUUCACAAGAAUUUUGAGAAUUGGGCACCGAAUAAUGAAAAAGCUGAUAAGGAUUCUCUUCCUGGAAUUUUGGCUGCUGCUUUGAAAUCUCAUGCUCAUAAGACUCCUAUCAAGACACGGUUGACGAUCUGUGGUGCACCUUUCGGAACUGAUUCUUCUGAUGGGGAUGUGUUUGUUUUUCCUGAAAUGGUUAGGUACAGGGGUUUGACAAACAACGAUGCAGAUAAGUUUGCUGAAGAUGUGCUGGUAAAUGGCAAGGUUUCUGGACCAGUGAACCAAUUGGAAGGUUCAUAUGUUUUUGUGUGUUCGUUCAUAUGGUGGUCGAGACAAGAUAUGUGGUGUUGUUGGACCAAAGGUCAUUGACAAAUUUAAAGAGGAGAUUAAAUUGAGGGAAAUGCAGGAUCGAGUCUUUGUUGGGCCAUGUUCCCAUGUCGGUGGAGUUAAGUUUGCAGAAAACUUGAUGAUUUUUAACCGCAAUUUGACAGGAGAAGUUACUGGCGAUUGGUAUGGAAAUGCUAAUCCUGAGGAUGUUCCUGCUAUGCUUGAUCAACAUAUUGGGAAGGGAGAUGUCAUCAAAAAUAUCUGGAGAGGUCGAAUGUUGGCUUUCCCUACUGAUGAUAGCCAGAAAGUAGUCGAAGAGAAGCCUCUGGAAACUGUCUUGGAGAAAGGUGAGAAAGAGGAAUCUCAAGCAAGAACCAAGGCUGUUGAUAUGGUGAAGGAUGCAGGAAGCUGUUGCCAAUAUCCCGGUUGGUUUGGGUUUUCUGAGCUUAGAGACGGAACUGCCGAAGCCCCACAGACGAAGCCUAUUGAAAAUGUUGGGACAGCUUUUACAGGCGGAAGUGUCUCGGAGAAAGGUGAGAAAGAGGCAUCUCAAGCAAGCACUGAAGCUGGUGAUCUGGUGAAGGAUGCAGGAAGCUGUAGAGAUGAAAGUGGCGAAGAUACUAAAAAGUUUAAGAAACAUAAAAUUAAUGAUUGUUCCUAGUUUUAGGACAUGCACCUUUAUUCUGAUGCUUUAGAGAAUCAGUCGGUACCCUUAAUUGUCAGACUAAAAAUAGACAAAUAAUGUUCUUCAUCCUGCCAACACAUGGAGUAUGGAACUGUCGUGGUGACAGAGUUUUAUUCAUCUUUCUUUUGAUAUUUUAGUUCGCUUAUCAUGUUCUUUUAGGGUUUUA